ACUCCAAGUUUCCUAAAUAUAAACAAGAGGGAAAAGUAAAGUUGACUGCCGCGACCAAUAGUCUUAACAUAAAAUUAUCGACCGCUCUGAUAUAUGAGUAAUAAAGGUACUCAAUUUAAAGCAAUAAUUUUAUUAUUAAUUUAACUGACCUCUUUUUUACACAGCGCAUUUCACAGCAAUUCAUAAAAAAGACUUUUGUAAUAAUGGCUAAUCAAUAUAUAAUCGAAAUAUUUUAACAACUUUUUCUUUGUGUGGUGUGGGGUAUUUAUGGAAACAGAAAUGAAAAUGGGGUAAAUUAGAUAAACGAUUAACUGGAAAACUGGCCUUAUCAAAUAGAAAAAUAUAAAUGGGCAAUAGGCGGCGGUAGUGUCACUUCUGUAUGAUGAUGAAAUGGACGCGGUAUUGGAAGUGGAAAAUUCGGAAGUCCCGGGCAUCGCUGUACAAUGUGACCUGCUGUUGCCCAACGGUCAUUUGCAAAGGAACUAUGAAUUCGACAUAACCGAUAUUGGUCUUCGACGGCGCCUAGUGCGCCGAUUCUAUGGUAUACUAAUCGUAGGUUAUCUAAGCUUCACUUUCAAUUUAAAAAGUAAUCUAGUAAACCCAAUAUUGCAGCUACAGGUUGCCUGCACCUUGCCCUGCCUUGAGUUGUUUCUCAAAUAUCCUUUGCCUUACAACUUUGUCGUGCCAUUAUCCAUGGUACUCACUGUGUUUCUGUAUACGUGUUUUUACAUUUGGAGAGAUUGGAGAAGACAUGGGCCCUUCAACUACUUUGUACUGCUUCUGAGCACAUUGAUGGGAUCCUUUAAUAGGAGCGUAUAUCUACUUAACCUGGUGGAAACACAUUGGGUAUAUAUUUAUCCAGGCAUUCUUAUUUUUGAAAUCUUGGGCCUAAUGCUGUACUCUUCCCAGGAGCGUUUUCGUUUUACACAGAUUCGCGGUAUUUCUAUAAUCUGCCUCAUCUUUGGGUUAUUUCUCCUGCUGGCCUACCGAUUGAACCGGAUGAUGGAGGUCUUCUCAGCAAUGGCCUGCACCGUAGAAGCGUGGUAUAUAAUCUACGACACCCACUACAUGCUGUGCGGUCGUCAUGGCUACAACAUUGGACCCGAGGAGUUCGUCUAUGCAGCUUGCAACAUACACUGCGAUCUGCCUAAGGGAAUGUGGCGCCUGAUGAAGAUGCUCUUCUUCAGCAAAAUUGUAGAGGCCGUUCGCAUGUUCCGCGAAUGCUUCAGGACCGAGGUUUGCUGA